CUGGAGUGCAGUGGUGCGAUCUCGGCUCACUGCAAGCUCCAAACCAGUCCCACUCCCAUGAUAACCUAUUUAUCCAUUAACACAUGAAUGGCACGACCUCAUAACCCAAUCACCUCUUAAAGGCCCCACCUCUUAAUACCGUUUCAGUGGGGAUUAGGAACAAACAUUCAAACUGUAGCAACUUGUAUUUAAGAAACUACUCAGUUAUCAUAUUUUGAUUUUCACCAACAAAAAUUUUAUGAACUUUUCUUUCUGGUUAUAGAAAUACCUAAAUAAGGCUGGGUAGGGUGGCUCACACCUGUAAUCCCAGCACUCUGGGAGGCCAAGGCAGGCAGAUCAUGUGAGGUCAGGAGGUCAAGACCAGCAUGGCCAACCUGGUGAAACCCCAUCUCUACUAAAAAUGGAAAAAUUAGCCGGGCGUGGUGGUGCGCACCUGUAGUCCCAGCUCCCCUGGAGGCUGAGGCAGGAGAAUUGCUUGAGCACGGGAGGCAGAGCUUGCAGUGAGCCGAGAUCACACCACUGCACUCCAGCUUGGGCGAGAGAGAGCAAGACUGUGUCUCAAAAAAAAAAAAAACAAAAACCAAACACUUAAGUAAGAUCCUCGAUCUUCAUGAGAAAAUAUGAACUAGAGGACAUUUAGAAAAAAAAAAAAAUCCUUGAUCUUGUCUCCUGCAGAGUCUAAAAUAUUUGCUUUCUGUCCCUUUUAUAUAAAAUAUUUUGUUGAUUCCUAGCCUACAGCAACACUUGAUGUAGAGUUGUCAAUCCAUAAGCGUCUGGUGGAAAAAUGCUGUUAACAAUAAAAAUGAAACUAAUCUAAAAUACAUGUGCAUUUAUUUGCACAGAAAAAAACAGGCUGGGUAAAGUAGCUCAUGCCUGUAAUCCUAGCACUUUGGGAGGCCGAGGCGGGAGGAUUACUUGAGCACAGGAGUUCAGGGCUAGUGAGCUAUGAUCAUGACACUGCACUCCAGCGUGGGCCACAGAGCAAGACCUUGUCUCAACAACAACAAAAACGGAUAAAGGAAAAAAAAGCGGCGGGGGCGGGGGGCAGGUAUAGCCAACUAAGCAUUAACCAUCUGAAGAGGAUCAGUUUAUAUCGGACGUCCACAGCAGAAAUUUGCUGCUUCUGGCUAUCUUUUCCCCACAAUUAGCAAGGGUUAGCUUCAUUAUUUUAGAGGCAACCCAACUGCAGCUUUUAGAAAGGCGCUAUGCCCUCUAGGCCAGCAAUUUGAGGGCAAGGGUUGGGGGGUACCCCGCCCCAAAAUCUUCCUGACCAAAGAGUGGAGCGGAAGAAAGCCAGGAGGAGGAUGUUUUGAACCUAAAUACGUCCAGCUGCAAUCCCUGUCAAGCUCGUCGCCCCCAGUUCUGCUCCACCUCCGGUUUGGCCGGGGAGAAUGUGACAGUCGCCGCAGCCCGGGAUCCACCCGGACGCACCUCACCUCGCAGUCUCCUCACUGUGCCCGCGAAAGGAAACAGAGACCCUGGCCCAGGCACGAAGUCCCCAGGCCCCUGGUCGCCCGGAGGUAGCAACCAGCCAGCCCGUCGGGCUGCGACGCCGACCAAGGGGCACGCCCCGCGCCCCCCGGUCUCGACUAACAGCCACCCGCGCCGUUCCAGCCUUUCCGCGGCACCGCGCGUCGGGGACCCACUCUGCUCAAGUGUCAGGAAACUUCUGCGCGUGCGCCUCGCUAGCCCCUCCCGCGCGCCAGGCAUCGCGCGGCUUCUUCCCGCCUGCCUCCCGCUCUCACUUCCGGAGUUUCCCAGCGACGGCCGUAAGUGGCGGGCGGAAGCGGCCCUAGAAGCCCGCCGUAAACGGCUCCCUCGCGCUACUUCCGGCCGGCUUCUGCAGACGGCGCUGGUGGUCGAUCGUGUGGCGCCGUAGGACGUUCCCCGCGGCCGGAGCCAUGGAGAUGCCGCUGCCCCCCGAUGACCAGGAGCUUCGAAAUGUCAUCGACAAGCUCGCCCAGUUCGUGGCUCGCAAUGGGCCCGAGUUUGAGAAGAUGACUAUGGAGAAGCAGAAGGACAACCCCAAAUUCUCGUUUCUUUUCGGAGGCGAAUUCUACAGUUACUACAAGUGCAAGCUGGCGCUGGAGCAGCAGCAGCUCAUCUGCAAGCAGCAGACCCCGGAGCUGGAGCCAGCCGCCACCAUGCCACCCCUGCCACAGCCCCCGCUGGCCCCUGCCGCGCCCAUCCCGCCGGCCCAGGGCGCGCCAUCCAUGGACGAGCUCAUCCAGCAGAGCCAGUGGAACCUCCAGCAGCAGGAGCAGCACUUGCUGGCGCUCAGACAGGAGCAAGUGACAGCGGCCGUGGCCCACGCGGUGGAGCAGCAGAUGCAGAAGCUUCUGGAGGAGACCCAGCUAGACAUGAACGAGUUUGACAACCUGCUGCAGCCCAUCAUCGACACGUGCACCAAGGACGCCAUCUCGGCCGGGAAGAACUGGAUGUUCAGCAAUGCCAAGUCCCCGCCGCACUGUGAGCUGAUGGCCGGCCACCUCCGGAACCGCAUCACGGCUGAUGGGGCGCACUUCGAGCUUCGGCUGCACCUCAUCUACCUGAUCAACGACGUGCUGCACCACUGCCAGCGCAAGCAGGCCCGGGAGCUGCUGGCCGCCCUGCAGAAGGUCGUGGUGCCCAUCUACUGCACCAGCUUCUUGGCCGUGGAGGAAGAUAAGCAGCAGAAGAUCGCCCGGCUCCUGCAGCUCUGGGAGAAAAACGGCUACUUCGAUGACUCCAUCAUUCAGCAGCUACAGAGCCCAGCCCUGGGGCUUGGUCAGUACCAGGCCACCCUCAUCAACGAGUACUCCUCAGUGGUCCAGCCAGUGCAGCUGGCCUUCCAGCAGCAGAUCCAGACCCUCAAGACGCAGCACGAGGAGUUUGUUACCAGCCUGGCCCAGCAGCAGCAGCAGCAGCAACAGCAGCAGCAGCAGCUCCAGAUGCCGCAGAUGGAGGCUGAAGUCAAGGCCACGCCUCCACCGUCUGCUCCACCCCCGGCCCCAGCACCUGCCCCUGCCAUCCCGCCCACCACCCAGCCUGAUGACAGCAAGCCUCCCAUCCAGAUGCCUGGCUCUUCAGAGUACGAAGCUCCAGGAGGGGUCCAGGAUCCUGCAGCCGCCGGCCCCCGGGGCCCCGGGCCACACGACCAGAUCCCACCAAACAAGCCCCCUUGGUUUGACCAGCCUCACCCCGUGGCUCCUUGGGGCCAGCAGCAGCCGCCAGAGCAGCCACCCUACCCGCACCACCAGGGCGGCCCACCCCACUGCCCCCCCUGGAACAACAGCCACGAGGGCAUGUGGGGCGAGCAGCGCGGUGACCCCGGCUGGAACGGCCAGCGCGACGCGCCCUGGAACAACCAGCCCGACGCCGCCUGGAACAGCCAGUUCGAGGGCCCCUGGAACAGCCAGCACGAGCAGCCGCCCUGGGGCGGGGGCCAGCGCGAGCCGCCCUUCCGCAUGCAGCGGCCCCCACACUUCCGGGGGCCCUUCCCGCCCCACCAGCAGCACCCGCAGUUCAACCAGCCUCCGCACCCCCACAACUUCAACCGCUUCCCUCCCCGCUUCAUGCAGGACGACUUCCCGCCACGGCACCCCUUCGAGCGGCCGCCCUAUCCCCACCGCUUCGACUACCCCCAGGGGGACUUCCCUGCCGAAAUGGGGCCCCCUCACCACCACCCUGGCCACCGCAUGCCUCAUCCUGGCAUCAACGAGCACCCGCCUUGGGCUGGACCCCAGCACCCUGACUUCGGCCCUCCCCCCCACGGCUUCAACGGGCAGCCCCCACACAUGCGGCGACAGGGCCCGCCCCACAUCAACCACGAUGACCCCAGCCUGGUCCCCAACGUGCCCUACUUCGAUCUCCCUGCUGGGCUGAUGGCCCCCCUCGUGAAGCUGGAAGAUCACGAGUACAAGCCUUUGGACCCUAAAGACAUCCGCCUCCCACCCCCCAUGCCGCCCAGCGAGAGGCUGCUGGCUGCAGUGGAGGCCUUCUACAGCCCCCCGUCCCACGACAGGCCCAGGAACAGUGAAGGCUGGGAGCAGAACGGCCUCUAUGAGUUCUUCCGAGCAAAAAUGCGGGCCCGGCGGCGGAAAGGCCAGGAGAAGAGGAACAGCGGACCCUCGAGGUCUCGGAGCAGAUCCAAGAGUCGAGGGCGUUCUUCCUCCCGCUCCAACUCAAGAUCCUCCAAGUCUUCAGGCUCGUACUCAAGGUCAAGGUCGCGCUCCUGCUCCCGUUCCUACUCCCGCUCCAGAUCUAGAAGUCGGAGCAGGUCGCGCUCCUCCAGAAGCCGCUCCCGGUCCCAGUCGCGGUCCCGGUCCAAGUCGUACUCCCCAGGAAGAAGACGCCGGUCACGGUCCAGGAGCCCCACCCCGCCUUCCUCUGCUGGUCUGGGUUCUAAUUCGGCGCCUCCCAUCCCUGACUCAAGGCUCGGAGAAGAGAACAAAGGCCAUCAGAUGCUGGUGAAGAUGGGCUGGAGCGGCUCAGGCGGCCUCGGUGCGAAGGAGCAAGGGAUCCAGGACCCCAUCAAGGGCGGGGACGUCCGGGAUAAGUGGGACCAGUAUAAAGGCGUGGGCGUGGCUCUGGACGACCCCUAUGAGAACUACCGCAGGAACAAGAGCUACUCCUUCAUCGCCCGCAUGAAGGCCAGGGACGAGUGUAAGUAGGCGCCCAUGCCGGGAGCCGCGCCGGUGGCCAGCGGUGCCGGCUGUGGGACCUUCCUGGCUGACUGGCAGAGGAAGAUUGCAGUGACAGCUCAGUUCUCACACCGUCUCCACUUGUGGAGAGCCACAGGAAGAGAAGGAAGACCAGCGCAUGCCCAGUGGGAACGCCGUGCUCCGUGGCGUGGAGGGCACGGGUGCCACCCACAAACCACACCAGGAGGCGCUGCAGCCACCAGGGCCCCAGGCUCAUUUUCCUUUAUAGUGAAGCAAAGAAACACAAGACCCUCCGCCCCGAGUAAAUUCUUCACCCACGAAGGGAUGGAUGUGCAUCUGCCCUAAGUCGGAUUGAAGCCUCCUCCUAGGCUCCAGGAGGAGCAUGUGCAGGAAGGGUUAGCCUGAGCCAGAGCCGGCACCCAGCUCCUUCCUCCAGCUCCCCGCACCCACCAGCCCUGACCUGGCUUCCCCUCGGCUCUGUAGGGACAAAGCCGAAGCCCAGUGCCAUGACUGCCCGCGGAUUGAAAAAGAGAAACACAAAACUUCGACUUGACUUGUGAAGUGAAGCAGGGUUUUCAUUUUUACUCUCCUUGGUUUAGGUCUAGAAAGAAGAAUAUUACCUGAGAGGAGGCCCAGUGAGAUUCUGAAACCCAAUUCUUGAAGGCGUACUGGCCCUUAGUUCAGUUAUUUUAGUUGUUUAAGUUGAUAUUUUUUUUCUGGAAUGUAGCCAUUUGCUGUUAUCUGGGAAACAAGAUUCUAACAGGAAACCAGCCUAAGACACUUCAGGUCGAGCGCUGCCUCGGAGUCUGUGCCCGUCGCGUCCCCUGCUUGAGUUUUGCACUUGGAAGAACCCUGCACCGGCUGGCGUGUGCGACAGCCCAGUCCCAUCCAGAGCAUGGAGCCCUACCCCAGCCAGCGCCUUCCGCUCCAUCAUUUCUUUUCACACCCCUGAAGGGAGGGGAGGCCAGGAGGGGAGCUGCUCCUGCCAGAAGCUGGUGGGUGACCGUUGGGAAUCAGCCACACCUGGUGUCCAUGGGCAGCCUGGUGCAAUUCCAUUCAUUUGUACAGAAACAUUUUUGAAAAAUUCUUUUCAAUAAGAUGCAAAAUCUUCCAACUUUUCAACCCAACGUGAUGAAUAUUUGAUUUUGUUCUAGAUUUCCUGUAGCUGUGAAUUGUUAAAAGUGUAUGAUUCAGGAUAAAACGUAAACAUGUGCUGUUAGUAAUUUCUUGUGGAUUUCAUUGUUUUGCCUUCAAAUAAAGCCUUUUUUUAAAGA